AUCAGAAGGCAUAGGAAUAUGAUCGCCAUGGACGACGGCUAAAUGAUGAACACGAAGGUUUUUACAUAUGAUAUGAUAAGCCAGUGGAAUUGUUUACAACAACAAAAACGACGUCGUACUCGUAAGAACCAUUUCAUAAGUGGGGUAUGAUAAUGUAACCCACAAUGGGUACCGCAGUGGGGCACAGGCAAAUGAGGUGAUAGCAAGGUGGAAGGCAUAAUGAUUCAUAGGGAAAUUCCCUGCCAUUUCCUCAUGAAGAACGCUCGUGCCAUUACCUAAAGCCAAACAAAUGGACGGAUGAGAUAUACAGUGUUCAUGUGAAGCAGCGAUGGUAGCAAUGAACAUGGCAAAAAGGAUAUUCAACAUGAAACUCUCGGCACCGAAUCUCUGUUCUUUCGCGAUCUAAGGAAGUAGCUGUGGUGAUAUGAAAAGCAUCAGUCAAAAUUUGAUCUUUUUUUAAAAAAAUUGUAAAGUUUUCUGUGGAUUGUUCGAUGUUAGGGCAUUUGAAGGCGAUUUGUCGGAGAUCACGACGCUCUGCGAUGCGGAAAAUUUGAGGGAAGUGCUUGCGCGCAAGAUCGGCCCACUCGCGGGGUGAUUAUGGCACCACAGCCUCAAAUUUCAUCGACAUUUCACAGCGGAGUGACCUCUUUUCCACCAAUGCCUAGAAAUCUGGCCGAUUGUUCCGGACGGAGAUUACAGCGGUCCUAGAAUCCGGCGAACAUUCGGAUCCCACUUCCACUCAAAGUACUAUGGCGGACAAGGAGAAUAUAUUUCGUCUCACUCGGGCUUCUAAGAAGAGGUUGGCCGAGGCUGCUACCCCCGACGACCGCUCCUCCAACAAGAGGCGGGUCGUUCUUGGGGAGCUUCCUAUUUUGCAGAAUGCUUCUUCUUCCGUCAACCGGAAGUCCAGGUCUAGAGCUAGCAGGCAGAGACGGAGAGUGAAAUCAAGGGAUAUUGCGGGGACAAGUGCUGCUGCUGCUGCUGCUGCUGAAAUCAAUCCACUUCCGCAACGUGAUGUCACGUUAUCAGAUGAGGGCAAUUCGGAAGACCCCCAAAUGUGCAGGGGUUACGCCUCUGAUAUUUAUGACUAUCUUCGCGCAACGGAGACUGAUCCAAGAAGAAGGCCCCUACCAGAUUACAUCGGGACGGUACAAAAAGAUAUUAGUGCCAAUAUGAGGGGAAUUCUGGUGGAUUGGUUGGUUGAAGUUGCAGAAGAAUACAAACUAGUUUCAGAUACACUAUACCUCUCUGUUUCAUAUGUUGACAGAUACUUAUCUCUAAAUGCAAUCAGCAGGCAAAAACUUCAGUUGGUGGGAGUUUCUGCCAUGCUCAUUGCCUCAAAGUAUGAAGAAAUUAGUCCUCCACAUGUUGAAGAAUUUGUUUAUAUCACCGACAAUACCUACAAUAGAGAAGAGGUGGUUGAGAUGGAGGCUGAUAUAUUAAAAUCACUGGAAUUUGAACUUGGAGAUCCCACAAUAAAGACAUUUUUAAGGAGAUUCACAAUGGUUGCUCAAGAGACUUAUGAGUUUAAUACAUUGCAAUUUGAAUUCUUGGGCUACUAUCUUGCUGAGUUAAGCCUACUAGACUACAACUGUGUCAAAUUUUUACCGUCUCUCGUUGCUGCAUCUGUUAUAUUUCUAGCACGAUUUAUGAUCCAACCUAAGAAGCAUCCUUGGAUCUCCAGGUUGGAGCAUUUUACUGGAUAUAAGCCAGCUGAUAUGAAAGACUGCAUUCUACUCGUACAUGAUUUAUACCUUAGUAGAAGAGGAGGCGCUUUGGCAGCUAUAAGGGAGAAAUACAAACAACACAAGUUCAAAUUUGUGUCUGUCAUGCCUUCACCUCCAGAGAUUCCUAUUCCAUAUUUUGAAGAUGUUAGAAUAUGAAUGUACAAGAUGACAAUAGUAGUUAGGAACUUACGAUAUGGAGUGAAUAGAAAUUUAUAUCAGAUAGGAAUCUGAAUUCCAGAGGCACGGUUCAGUUCUGAUGUGCACAGGCUCUAUAAGGCAUUAGCCGAUGGGCGAGUGUCCAUUUGGAAUGGAACAUUUUUUGUGCACUGGAAGGCAAGGCAAAGCAAAGCAUGAAGGCAAAGCUGGCAUAUUUUCCCACAACAUUUUAUGCAUCUUCUUCCCUUGUAAAGAUGUUUCGAAAAACAGAUAACCCAAUGUGGCUCACUUGUUAGAUUUUAGGGUGUGUUCAGUAUUGUACAAAAUUCAGCAAUGCUCAUCAUGCAUUGGGCCAGAAGCCCAUUUGAAAGCAUAGAGUUCUCGUUUUCCUUUUCCAAGUUUGAGUCGGCAAUGUACACAAAUGCCAUGUCUAAUAAUUGCAAGAACUAAAAAGGGAGGCUUGAAAAACAUCAAAAUAAAGCCAUGUUGUUUGUCGUCCAAAUCCCUUCGACAAGGAUUGGCAGAAGAGGGAAAGGCAAAAAGAAUAGAGCCAAAAUGCAUAUUCUACAAAUGCUUUACGUAGCCUUGAAAGUGACGGACCCUCUUGCUUCAGAUGUUGAAGGGACUGAAAGCUAGAAAGAAAAGCACGAUG